AUUGGAAGUUCUCUCGCUUUGGCCAAGAUAAAUCCUCCAGAUCGAAUCUAAACCCGUGCUUGCUCGUGUCUGAAACCGAGGUCCAGGAGAUCAAUGGCAGGUUGGAAGAGAUUGUCAUCAGGAAGGAUCGUUUAAGCUUGAGAGAGAAUGUUGUGGGCAGAUCUGACAACACCAACCAAAGGCUCCCUAGCACUUCUCUACCGGAGACUCAGUUUUUUGGCAGGGAGAAGGAAGAAGCACAGAUACUCGAACGAUUGGUCAGUGAGGUCGAAAAUUCUGAUGCCACGCUGAGCAUAGUCCCCAUAGUUGGGAUGGGUGGUGUUGGAAAGACGGCAUUGGCUCAACGGCUGUAUAAUGAUGCUAGAGUGAAAAGCUAUUUCGAGACGAGAGCAUGGGUUUGUGUGUCGGAUGUUUUUGAUGUUUUUGACAUAACAAAGACUAUUUUGCGGCCGAUCACCGGGUUGUCCUGCGAGGGCGAAGAUCUUAAUGGGCUUCAAGUUAAGUUGAAGGACAGUUUAUCCGGGAAGAAGUUUCUUGUGGUUUUAGACGAUGUAUGGAAUGAGAACUACGGAAAAUGGACUGACUUCUUAAAGCCAUUUGAAGCGGGGGCCAAGGGAAGCAAGAUCAUUGUCACGACUCGCAACCUUCCCGUUGUUUCCAUAAGAGGAGCUUCACCGUAUCAUUUGGAGCAGCUGUCCCUUGAUAAUUGUACAAGCUUAUUAGCCUUUCAUGCUCUUGGAGCAACAAAUUUUGAAAUUCACCCAGAUCUUGAAAGAAUAGGCAAGGAAUUAGCUAAAAAAUGUAAAGGCUUACCUUUGGCAGCGAAGAUGUUGGGCGGUGUCCUAUGUAACGAAAGGAAUCCAGAUAAAUGGAAAGCUAUCUUAAAUAACAGAAUAUGGGAUCUUCCAAAGGGAAAAAAAGAUGAGGUACUCCCAGUUUUGAAAUUGAGCUAUGUCCAUCUUCCUUCUUAUUUGAAGAGAUGUUUUGCUUAUUGUGCGGUAUUUCCCAAGGAUUAUGAAAUUGAGAGGGAAGAGUUGGUACUCAUAUGGAUAGCAGAGGGCUUUUUAGAUGGACAAAAGGCAAAUGAGGAUAUCUUGAGACUGGGACAAGAUCACUUCGAUGAGUUAGUAUCGAGAUCAUUUCUUCAACAAUCAAGGGUCAAUGCAGCUAAGUUUUCAAUGCAUGAUCUUCUGAAUGAUCUAGCAAAGUCAAUUGCGGGUAGGACAUGCUAUAGAUCAGGGGACUCUCAGCUGGCAGGUAAUGAAGACGAUGCAUCUCUAGAGAAAGCUCGUUAUGCAUCAUUCAUGACAACAUGGCAUGUUACAUCAAAAUGCCUGGGAGCAUAUCACGGAAUGAAGGUACUAAGAAGUUUAAUUCUAGUACGUGUUGGAUAUAGUGGGGGCUCUUUCUCUAUUUCCAGCAAGGUGCUACAUGACGUGCUAACAAACUUAAAGUACUUGAGGGUGUUCUCGUUAUGUCAUUGUUACAUCACAGAGGUACCGCAUUGUGUCGGUGAUUUAAAACAUCUUCGAUAUCUCAAUUUCUCGUACACUGAUAUCAAAUGGCUACCCGAGUCAAUUAGCACCUUGUGCAAAUUACAAGCUUUGAUAUUGAGAGGUUGUCGAAAGCUUUCUAUGUUGCCUUCAGGUAUCACAAAAUUGGUCGGCUUACAGUUUCUUGACAUUAGAGAUACAGAAAGUCUAAAAGAGAUGCCAUUGGGUAUCGGUAAUUUGAAGAAUCUUACUAUCUUGUCCAAGUUUGUGGUGGGAAUAGAGAAAGGGUCACAGUUAAAAGAGUUAAAGAAGUUGCCACAUCUUCAAGGAGAAUUACUCAUAUCAGAAUUGCAAAAGGUGGAAGAAGUGAGAGACGCGGUUGAUGCUAAUUUGUCAGGAAAGCAAGGCCUUAGCAACUUAGCCUUGCAUUGGGGUGAAGAUUUUGGAAAUUUGCGGGAUGAUAAGCGUGAAGCGCAGGUGCUUCACUUUCUCCAACCUCACACUAAUCUUGAAAAUCUCACUAUCUCGUACUAUGGUGGUGCAAAACUCCCAUCCUGGUUAGAUAGUCCAUCAUAUUCUAAGAUAGUGUCUUUGUACUUGCGAGACUGUCCUAAUGUCACGUCGCUGCCCCUACUUGGACAACUACCUUCACUUAAGGAAUUAUCUCUUAAAGGUCUACAUGCAGUAAGAAUGAUAGGCUCUGAAUUUUACGGUGGUAAAAGGCCUUUCUCGACCUUAACAACUUUGAAGUUUGAAGAGAUGUUGGCAUGGAAGGAUUGGGGUCGUUAUGCCGGGGACCCAAAGGAAGAAUUCCCAUUCUCCUGUCUUCAGCAUCUUGUUGUCCGGAGCUGUCCUUCGUUGGUCGGGACAUUGCCUUGUCAACUUGAUCUUCUCAUAAAACUUGAAAUUCAUUCAUGCCCGCAUUUGAAUAACUUAACCGGCAUGGUUCGUCUUCCAUCUCUCCGCGAGUUAUACCUUGAGGAUUGUAAUAAGGAGAUCUUAACGUGCUUGGUCAGCCUAACUUCUUUAACCGUUCUCAGAGUUGAAAAUCUUGCAGAUCUCGUUUGCUUUAAUCAUGAGUUUAUGAGCGGUUGGGUCAAGCUAAAGGAGCUUCAAAUAACAAGCUGUGACAAGCUAACACACUUGUGGCAAGAUGAAAAUGAAACACGAAAUCUUAUUUGCCUCCAGAAAUUAGCCAUCCAAAGCUGUGCUCAAUUCACGUCUUUUGUGGCAGGAGAAAAAGAGAUAGAGCUACCUUCCAACCUUGAAAGCAUGGAAUUAAGGAAUUGCAUGAGUUUAGAAAAGCUUCCGAGCAAAAUGCAGGCCCUCAAAAAUUUGGUUAUUGAGAAGUGUCCAAAACUCAAGGGAUUUAUCAUUGCUCCAGAUGACCCCACCAGUAUUAACCCGAUGCCUCAACUUGUUGCUCUGAAGACACUUCAAAUUAGUGAUUGCGAGGGAGUGAAAUCGCUAGAAGAGAUCCCCAUAGAAUCGUUGAAAUAUUUAACUAUUAACAACUGUAUGAAACUAAGAAGCCUACCACAGUGCCUUCGCACGUUCUCCCAUCUCACUUUUUUGAAAAUACGUGACUGUCCAGCAUUGGAGAUAGAGGACUUCCCUCCCCUUCCCAUCACCCUGUCGUGUUUCUGGCUCCGUAAUUGUCCUAAGGUAAAGUCUCUACCAAAUCAGUGGCAUCGUCUUACAUCCCUCGGGUCGCUAUCUAUUAUCAAUUGCCAAAAUAUCAAACGCUUCCCCGAAGGAGGUUUUCCUCCCAAUUUGCUGCACCUUAUAAUUGGAAUGUGUGAGAAUCUGGAGCAACCAGUGAGAGAAUGGGGCUUACACAUGCUCACUUCCCUCGAGAGACUGUUAAUUGACGGAAGGAGCAUGGGAGGGGAGGGAGAGAAGGUGCGGUUUCCUUUGGAGGAGAACGAGGAGGAGGAGGAUGCGUGGAGUCUUCUCUUCCCUUCCUCUCUAACCAAACUUGCCAUUGGAGAGAUGAAGAACGUGGAAAGACUGUCGAGCGGUCUUCGCAACCAUCUCUCCUCUCUCGAAGAGUUACGGAUCCACGAUUAUCCGAAGUUGAGGUACUUGCCAGAGGAUGGCCUCCCUCCCUCCCUCAAAGAAUUGCGCAUAGGAGAAUGUGAGAUUCUGAAAGACCGAUGCUCAAACCUCGGCGGCGACUAUUGGCCCCUCAUCCAAGACAUCCCGAGCAUCCUCAUUGAUGGCGAUCGGAUCCAGUGAAUUGAUUCGGCCAUGCACAGUGGGUUUUCUAGGGUUCGGGUACCAUUGUAAUCUGCAUUGGCAAAAUCUAUUGGAAGGAUCAUUUGCGAACAUUGUUGAGGGAGUUCAGGAAGAAAAGCUUCGAGCUCACUUGGGUUACUUUGGUGUAACUGGAAAUCGUGCACUUCAACCAAUGUAUACCUUGUCUGAUAUAACAUGGUGCUUUGACCAUAUAAAUAGGUGGUCAGAAAAGCAGAGCUGCAUUUGCCAAGAUAACUUUCGAGAAACCUUACAUAGUUUUGCUUGAUGAGCCAUCCAAUCAUCUGGAUGAGUGACUGUGAUUUUGCAUUUUUGCCUAUCCUCAACCGUAGGAUUUGGAUGCGGCGGAGGCACUCAUUCAAGGUUAGUCACGAUGAGCAUCUAAUAGCUGGAAGCUCAGAUGAGGUCUGGGUGGUUUCUCAAGGCAAGGUGGCGCCUUUCCACGGGAAUUUCCAGGACUAUAGGAAGGUGCUUCAGUUUUCCUUGAAUAAGGUGAAUCUAGUUAUUGACAUCAAGAGAGAGUGGUUCAAUGGGUUCACAUUACCUUACAAAACAGAAAAUGAGGCUCAGCUACAUAGAGAAAGUGAAAAA